UGUAUGCUUAUACACAUAGUAUGGUAUGCACUGUAUGAAUGUAUUCAGUGGACACCUCCAUGUUUACUUAUAAACUGUACACACAGAAUUUACUCUAAACCCUCAUUUGCAUAUUCCGGAACACGGUGAUGUCACAGACUGUGGCCUCAUGGAACCCUUCAUCAAAGGCACAGCCAUAGAACUCAGUGGAAGCUCCCCUAUAUAUACCUUAUUAAUAUUAUUAGUGUAUGAUAUUGCCUUACAGGAACAAGCACUAUCUUUGUUAGAAAAGUCUUCAGCAGUCUUCAGGUGUAAUGUCUAAAGUAUUAAGAAAGCUCUUCAAAGCUGAGGAGAAGGACGUCGUCCCUGGAGAAGGGAAUACAGCAGUAAUGCAAGAUGAGGAAAGCCCACAGAGGGGGGACAGCAGGAGACUGGACCCCAUCCUGGACCUCAUCCCCCGUAAAGAUGAGUUGACUUCCAGUUCAGAGGACAUUAGUGUCGUCCCUGGAGGACUAAAGAGGAAAAGCACAGAAGAUGGGGAAAUCCUACAAAGGGAGAAAAGCAGGAGACUGGACCCCAUGCUGGACCCCAUCCCGGACCUCAUCCUGGACCCCAUGCUGGACCCCAUCCUGGACCUCAUCCCCUGUGAAUAUGAGUUUCCGUCCACCUCAGAGGACAUUAGUGUCGUCCCUGGAGGACUAAAGAGGAAACGAACAGAAGAUGGGGAAAUCCUACAAAGGGAGAAAAGCAGGAGACUGGACCCCAUGCUGGACCCCAUCCCGGACCUCAUCCUGGACCCCAUGCUGGACCCCAUCCUGGACCUCAUCCCCUGUGAAUAUGAGUUUCCGUCCACCUCAGAGGACAUUAGUGUCGUCCCUGGAGGACUAAAGAGGAAACGAACAGAAGAUGGGGAAAGCCUACAAAGGGAGAAAAGCAGGAGACUGGACCCCAUCCUGGACCCCAUGCUGGACCCCAUCCUCUGUGACGCUGAGUUGCCGUCCACCUCAGAGGACACUGAAAGCAGAAACCCACCCGAGGCGGCUCUGAGCGCGAGAAGCGCCGAUGAUGGACCGGUUCAGAAGGACGACCUAGUUCCAGACCCGUCAGCCAUGUUUAAGGCCAAGUACCAGCAGCAGGAGAAACUUGGCGAAGGAGGAUAUGGAUGCGUGUAUGCUGGCUAUCGCAGAGAGGAUAAUCUUCCUGUCGCCAUCAAGCAUAUUAUGAUAGACGAAGAGCUCCUCUUUCACGAAGACAGUGAUGGGCUCCAGAUCCCCAUGGAGGUUGCUGUCCUAAGGAAGCUAGAGGCCCAAUCAGAGCAGCAUUCAGCAUCCAUUGACCUACUGGACUGGUAUGUUGUGGACCAGGAGCUGAUCCUGGUGCUGGAGAGACCGAUGCCGGCCGUAGACCUCUUCGACUACAUUCAAGACAAAGGAGGCUACUUGAAGGAAAAGGAAGCUAAGAUUAUAAUGAAGCAGUUGGUGGAUGCAGCCAUUGACCUCCAGGAGAAGCACAUUUUCCACCGGGACAUCAAGACGGAAAAUCUCCUUAUUGAGACCGGCAUGAAGUUGCCACGAGUUCGCGUCAUCGACUUCGGUCUGAGCUGCUUCGGCGAAGAAGACGACGUCUAUAGCACCUUCUAUGGUACUGACGUCCCCCCAGAGUGGGCCAGUCGGCAGGAAUACAAAGCCGGACCCACGACAGUAUUCCAGAUAGGAAUGGUCCUGUUCUACAUGCGAAAAAAGGUGUCAUUUAGACCGGGGAUGACCUUUGUGAAGCUGAAUGAGACCAAGUGGCUUUCCAACAAUGGCAAAGAUUUCUUUAAGGCGUGUAUAUGUGAGGACCCGGAUACUCGUUUCACCCUGGACCAGCUGAAGCAUCACCGGUGGCUGAGAUAGUAUCACACACACACACAUGCAUGUCAUAAUUUACAUUUAAUCCCUUUAGCCCUCCAUUUAUUUAUAUAUGGGCAGACUGGCCAGGAGCCGAGGCGCUGCCCAAACCGUGACAUUGUUCAAAAUCUGGCAUUUCCCUGUUGGACGGGAGAAACAUUACCUUAAAUACCAUAAUAGCUGCGGGCCUCAAAUAAUCUCUACUAUAAAGGGCCGGUCUCGUCAUUUCAAGUCAAGAUGACU